UCCAAGCACCGCUGACAAGUGCAGUUCAUUUAGAUUUAACAAAUUGAAUUCAAUUGUGAUAUACAAACAAAUCAGCGAACUACAAACGACUAUUUCUAUCUGUACCCAUUAGAAGUCUACUAUUAAGGCAAGCACCGAGGCUGUUUAUAUUUAAAAUAAGGGGAAUCAUCCGUCUCACAAAUAAAUUCCCAAGUUGUGAAAUUUUAAGUUUGCAGAAAAUGUUCGUACCAGGAAUAGAGGAUCUGAAGAGUGUUGUACAGCCACAUCUAGCGGGUGGUGAAUUGCAGUCGUAUAGCACUCGUUACCUCACCAAGCCAGGCGACAACUAUGGCAGCUGCAUGCUGGCCAUAGCAGCUAAAAUUAAGAGACCAAAUGGGGUCAUCGAGGAACUGCCUUUAAUUGCGAAAUUGCCUCCUGUGACGAACGACUUAUGGUGGCAAAUAUUUCAACCGGAACGCACUUGUAUUACUGAGAACAAAAUGUACGAGAUUGUCGUACCAGAAAUACAUCUAUUGCAACUUGAAGCUGGCUUAUCGAAGGAUAAAUUAUUUGAUGGCCUUCCCGCUUACUACGGAAGUCGAAUAUCACUUGAUCCAAAUGCUACCAAAGUUGACAGAGAUGCUGUUCUAGUACAGGAAAAUCUCCAAUUAUCUGGCUAUAGAGCUGGCAAUCGUCACAAAAUGUUCGAUUACGUUCAUGCGAAACUCGUCUUGGAAUAUAUGGCGCAGUAUCAUGCACUGCCUAUUGCUUUGCGCAUUAAAAAGACGGAGUUAUUUGCAAGAACCAUACGCCCAUAUUUCAACCGCUUCAAUAUGAAUACCACGAUGGGCGAUGAAAUGAAAAACGAAAUGCGUAGAGAAUUACGUGAAGAUCUUCAAUUGGCCACUAACAACAAUGAAGAAGCGAUCAAUAAAAUUCUAGAGAGGUUUCAAGUCUAUGAUAAAUGGUUGGAACAACCAGAAGCUGUCGAUGGAUUAUAUACCAGCUUGGUACAUUGCGAUUUGUGGAUAAACAACAUCAUGUUUAAAUAUGACGAUAGCAAUCAACCCACGCAGUUAAAAUUUGUGGACUUUCAAAUAGCACAAUAUGAGUCUUGUGCGCACGAUAUUAUAUUUUUCCUCUUCUCUAGCGUCGAUUGCGCCGUGCUUGAAGAUAAUUUCGAAAGUUUUUUGAAAAUUUAUUAUGACGCUUUUAUACAUAAUCUGGAAGAAAUGCAAAUCAAUACUGAUGAUUACUCCUAUGAUGGAUUUUUGAAUGAAGUGCGACGUGUGGGUCCAAUUGAAAUUCCACAUCCGAUAUUUAUGACAAAAGUUAUUUUAGCAGACAACAGCACACUUCCGGAAGAUUUCAAGGAUCUAGAUAUGACUAUUUUAAGUAAAAAUCGUGGACUGCAAACGAUUACUAAACGAUUGGAAGAUAUUUUGCGAUUAGCGAAAAAAUUUAAAAUGAUUUAA